ACUACACCUCCUUUUUUCUUCUUGCAACACAUUAUCGUUUGUUUGUGUAAAAAAAGUUGAUAAACAAGUCGCAGUUUAUUGCUUAAAAAAAGUUGAUUAAGGUUUAGAGGGGUAAAAGGAAGGAAGUAUCUGCAUGAAUAGCGUUGAGUGUCAAUUAAAAAUAACAGGCAAAUUUGUGUUUUGAUUUUUUCUUUUUUAUGUUUCUUCAUGUUUUCACUAACAGAAUAUCUACCUAAAGAGUCAAGUUUAGUGCUUGCAGGGUGCUUCUUUCUGUCUUAUUUAGCAUACGUACGUUAUCGUCGAUAUCAGUUUGUGAACAAUUUGAUUGCAAAGUAUCCAAAUCCUGACGUUGUGCUUCAAGACCAUGCUAUUGCUAUGGAAAUUUAUAGUAAUAUCUUUCGCAAAGAGUUUCCAUUAUUUGCUCGCUCUUCGUUAGAGUUUGCCUUGUUUAAACCAUUUGCUACUCCUUCAGUGAGUAAACUGUUGGUGUCCACAAGAGAGUUCUUGGACCAUUGCCCUCGUCGUGCUGAAGAUACAGAACUCAUCUUGUCAGAAAUCAUUGACCCUUAUCCAAGGAUUCAAAACGAACUUAUUCGUAAUCCUCAUAUCUCCGAAAAAGAAAUCCAAAAGCAAUACGCACGACGUGACGCAUCUAUCAAGCGACUGAACGAAAUUCAUGGCAAAUACAACAUUUCCAAUGAGGACUAUCUCUAUACCCUGGUCUUGUUUGUUGCUGAACCUAUUCGUUGGAUAAACAAUUGGGAGUGGCGCAAGCUUGAUAUCCGUGAGAUCAAUGCUAUUUUUAAGGUCUGGCACGAAAUUGGGACUCGAAUGAACAUCAAAGAUAUUCCUGACACGCUUGAUGAAUGGUACAAGAUUCAAAAGGAUUAUGAGCAAACAUCGGUUAAAUAUCAUCCUGCUAAUUGGCGAUGUGCUGACCCUACCAUUAAGCAUUUGGCCAGAAGAUUUCCUGGGUUUAUGUUACCUGUUGUCUAUACCAUGCUCCCAUGUUUAUUAGAAGAAGGUGAAUGCAAAGCAUUUGGUAUUUCCACUCCUUCUUCAUGGGCACAGGCUGUCUUUAACACCAUUACUACCAUAAGAGCACAUUUCAUACGGUACCUUUGUCUUCCUCGAGAACACUAUGACCUGAGAACACCAUUUUAUCCAGACGAAAAUGGAAGAUAUGUACCACAUUACUUUGUGUAUAACCCGCCCAUCUACACUCAGGGCUAUCGUAUUGAAGAACUAGGCCCUGAAAAAUUCAUGCCCAAGUGCCCAGUAUUCCACGGAUAAAAAAAUGUUUAUUAG